UGGUCUUAGUGGGCAGGUGUAAGCAUUGUAGUGGGUAGGGGAUUAAUGAGAAGGAAAAAAAAACGAUCAUCGUUUUUGGUUUCAUUCCUCUGGCUCUCUCUCUCUAUCGUUCGUAUUCUGUUUCCAAUCGAGAGAGAUAGUAAAAGAUCGAUCGAGAAUUCGAGAUGGAUAAUAAGAAGAAGAAAGUGUGGUUUUGGCCGGAGAAACAAGGCGGCGGAGUUUCGAUCAAGGAGGCGGAGGAUAUAGCGGCGGAGCAUGUUUUGACGGAAGAGACGAUAAGUCAUUACAGUUUUAGCAAAGGUCUUCUUCCGCCUCUCGGUGUUAAUUCUGGCUCUACGCGUCACGUUAAGCUCCGCUUCUUCAUCGUCUCUCCCUUCGAUCCUCGCUACAGGGCAUGGGAUUGGUUUCUAGUGCUUUUGGUGGUCUACACAGCAUGGGCUUCUCCUUUUGAGUUUGGCUACCUACAAACGCCAAGAGCACCUCUCAGUAUUAUAGAUAACGUUGUCAAUGGAUUUUUCGCGAUUGACAUCGUUUUGACAUUCUUUGUUGCCUUCUUGGACAAGGCAACCAUUCAAGGAUAUGGCAUUUUCAGUAUGCUGCGUCUGUGGAGUCUUCGCAGGGCCAGUAAUUGUUUUGCUAGAUUGGAGAAGGAUCAGAAAUACAACUACUUUUGGGUUCGAUGCACAAAGCUUCUCCUGACACGAAUUCAUACAAGAAGAAGAACAAGCGGAGGCCACACAAAACACAACGCUGCGGGAAAAUCAAUAUUGAAGAUGGGAGGGAAAAUCAAUAUUGAAGAUGGGUUUCAUCAUCAGAAUAACCAACACCGUCAGUUUGAGAUGGCAGUGGAAGAAGAGAAAUGUGGUGGGGGGGGAGGGGGAGAAGAAGAUGAUGAUGAUGAUCACCGGUUUGUGGUGGAGAGAGAUGGAAGUUUAACGAUGGAGGAAGAUAAAACGACGUCGGUUAGUGGGAGUGAAGAGUCGAGAACAAGUGCAAGAGAUGAAGCAGAGAGAGUGUGGUUAGAGUUGUAUCAAAUUGGUCAUCUUGGAUUUGGUAAAGUAUCUUUCACUGGGAUUUAAUAAUGUGAAAUUUGAUAGUAGUAUACAUUUUGUAAGAAGUAGACGGUAAAAAAAAUCCCUUUUGAAUUUCAGGCUACAUACAUAACAAUUUACAUUUUGGUAGAGAGUGGUUAAAGUUCGUUGUGUAUAUUUCGACUCUUCAAUGU